UAGAAGCAUUGGCAAGGUGAAGCGAAAACUGUGUCAGGUUGGUAUGGACUUCUGAUAAGACCAUUUGGCAUCGGUUGAAGUAGAUAAUUAUAUUACCACAAACGAACUGACAAAAUAACUCAACAUGAUUGGCUUUCUGACAUUUUGCGCCUUCCUUUCGUGCACUCACAUAGGCCUUGCAAGGUGUGUAACGUUAGACAUAUACUCGAAGAUUGGUACGGUUCCCAUAUAUGGCUUUGAUGGCGCCUCUGCCGUCCUCCAUACUGGAAGGACACUCCAUUACCAGGUCGCCCUUCAAACGUGCAAUGUCGUAUCCGGAUCAUCAUUGCGGCCGGAAUUUACGAAUACAUUUGGAGGACAUGCACAAACAUGGCAGUCAUACAAUGACAAAGAUGUAGCCCCAGUUCCAUUUGUGGUUUUCUUCGAUCAGAAAAUGAUGCUUAAUAUAGAAGGCGGCCUUGUGCACCUGUCACGCCAGGUAGAGGUCUGGGGUAAUGAUAGCGCCUUGGUGACCUCCAUUAUCUACUCGGCGGACUUCGGCCUGGUCCUGGACAUGAGCGAGCGCCUAUGUACACUCGCCAGUGAAGACAAACAGGGAGCAGUGACGUUCAGCGCUUCGGAAGACGAGCCUCAGCGCAUACUGACCUUUGCUGACCUCCUAUCAAAUCUGCGUGCAGGACAGUACGUCCACUUUAUGGCGAUGACUUUUUUAUGCCAAGGAGGACAAGAACACACCUUCUCGAAUUUCGGCGGCUAUUUUCCAAAUUACGAACUACCAACGCCGUCAAGCUCAGAAGACGUGGAGCUACGAAGCUCCGUGCAGGAGAUAGUCCACUACGACAGAACGAGUGCCAGUCACGUGAUUGACGUCAUCAACAUAUGGAUGUACGGCAACCGCACGGUGGAGAUCAUAGAUACGCGCGGUAGACCGCCGUACACGGACCUCGUCCAUAGGCACGUGUCGUACUGCCAUUUGGACACUGGCGUGCCUGGAGCUUCAUUUAGCAUAUUUGCUUGAGUUAUACAGAGAAAAUGUGGUUAUGAUGGUUCUGUUGUUUAAGUUAUUGAGAGGAAA